CUUCUGGGAGAUCUACCGCUACAACAGAAGCCCGCGCUGCCUUCAACUGCAUUGCAACAACAGUCGCAAUUCAGUGCUUUAUCUGUGACGUCACCCUUCGCACUCCGCUUCAAAACCCACGAUACGUUCACGCCAUUGUGCGUCUGACUUUGACCGAGCACGAAGCCGCGUAAACAUUCGUCUGAUCAUGAAUUGCUGAUCAUGAUUGUGUACUGAUACUUGUGCUCUGAAGCCAUACCCCGCAGCGCAACACUUUUGGACUACAUCCGGCUGCGGGGAAGAGAUCCUUCUGUAUAAGAGCUCUAUAUCUUGUGAACACGUACGUGGUCGCACAUUCAAAAUGGCCCACAAUGCCUCUAAAACUGCAUUCAUUACAGGCGGUGCAAGUGGCAUUGGUCUCGCACUCACUACACGCCUACUCAGCGAAGGCUGGUAUGUCUUUGUUGCUGAUCGGGACAUCACGAAGCUACAAGAUACCGACAACCUCCGCGCCGUGCAAUGCGACACUUCAUCCUGGGACUCGCAAGUAGCGGCUUUCCGAAGAGCGAUCUACUGGCGAGCAUCUGGCGGAGGACGCAUCGACUUCGUGGCACCCAUCGCGGGUAUUGGCGAGCGCAAGUGGCUUCCAUUUCCAGAGGAGGGUUCGGCAGCAAAUCCUCAAGAAUUCACGAAGCCAGACUUGUCUGUUCUGGAUGUGGACCUUACUGGAGUGCUGUACACAGUAGCACUUGCGCUGCAGCAUUUCCGGCGCCACACUCGGACCAAAGACGGACUGUUGGGUCGGAUCGGACUCGUUGCAAGCGUGUGUGGCCUGUAUUGCGUGCCGAGUCUGCCAAUAUACACGGCUGCGAAGCAUGCUCUGAUUGGGUUGACACGCAGCUACGGGAAGCUGGUGGUGGAUGAGGGCAUUACCAUUAAUGCCAUUGCGCCGAACGUGGUUCAGACAAGUAUCAGCUCUCCAGUCUUCUACGAGAAGCUGGCCAAAGAGAAUCUCUUGACACCCAUGGAUGGGCUGGUGGAUGCUCUUAAGACGAUGCUCGAGAGCAAUUGCAGCGGAGAGGUGUUUGAGUGCGGACCAGCUGGUGGGUGGACGAAGAGAGAGGCUACAGAAUAUCUGGAUAAGAGGAGUGAGGAGAUAUGCAAUCUGCUCAAUGUAAGAGCUAGGCCCCUACACUACACUUCGUAG